UCGUGCCAGACGUCGGCGGCGGCGCGGCGGCAGCGGGCCGGGAGAGAAGCAUGGCUCGGGGGUACGUCUGCGUGCUGGCCCUGGCGGCCGUGCUGCUGCUAGGUAUCGCCGCCGUCUCCAGAUCGAAGGGCCUGCGGGGCAAGGAGCCUCAGAGGGCGUCGCGAGUCCCUUCUGAGUUCAGCCAAGGGGAGCGCGUCGCGAUGAAGGAAGGACUGAAAGGUGCUAUCCAGAUUCCAACAGUGUCUUUCAGCCCCAACGAGUUCAACACGACAGCCCUGGCUGAGUUUGGAGAAUACAUCCAUGAAGUCUUUCCUACAGUUUUCAAAACCAGCUUUAUCCAGCAUGAAGUCGUGGGAGAGUACAGCCACCUGUUCACUGUCCAAGGCUCGGACCCCAACUUGCAGCCCUACAUGCUGCUGGCUCACAUUGACGUGGUGCCUGCCCCUGAUGAAGGCUGGGAGGUGCCCCCGUUCUCUGGGUUGGAGCGUGAUGGCUUCAUCUAUGGUCGAGGCACACUGGACAACAAGAACUCUGUCAUGGCAAUUCUGCAGGCCUUGGAGCUCCUGCUGAUCAGAAGCUACGUCCCCCGAAGGUCCUUCUUCAUUGCUCUGGGCCAUGAUGAAGAGGUGUCAGGGGCGAAUGGAGCUCAGAAGAUCUCAGCCCUGCUACAGGCGAGGGGCAUCCAGCUGGCCUUCAUCGUGGACGAGGGUAGCUUCAUCCUAGAUGGUCUCGUUCCCAACCUCAAGAAGCCCUUUGCCAUGGUUGCCGUCUCAGAGAAGGGUAUGCUUAACCUCGAGCUGCAAGUGAACAUGACUCCAGGCCACUCUUCAGCUCCUCCAGAGGAGACAAGCAUUGGCAUCCUCGCAGCUGCUGUCAGCCGACUGGAGCAGACGCCAAUGCCAAACAUGUUUGGAGGCGGGCCAUUGAAGAUGGCAUUGCAGCAGCUGGCAAAUGAGUUUCCCUUCCCUAUCAAUAUAGUGCUGAGCAACCUGUGGUUAUUUCGGCCCCUUGUAAGCAGGUUAAUGGAGAGGAAUAAGAUAACCAGCGCACUGGUCAGGACCACCACAGCAGUCACCAUGUUCAAGGCAGGGAUCAAGGUGAACGUCAUCCCCUCGGUGGCCCAGGCUACAGUCAACUUCCGGAUUCACCCUGCACAGACAGUCCAGCAGGUCCUAGAACUCGUCAAGAACAUUGUGGCUGAUGACAGGGUCCAGUUCCACGUGCUGAAUGCCGUUGACCCCCUGCCCAACAGCCCCUCUGACUCUCAGGCUUUCGGCUACCAGCUGCUCCGCCAGACCAUCCAGUCCGUCUUCCCGGAGGUCCACAUUGUUGUCCCAGGUAUUUGCAUUGGCAACACAGACAGCAGACACUAUACGAACCUUACCACUGGCAUCUACCGGUUCAACCCCGUCUACCUGCAGCCUCAGGGCUCCUAUGGCAUCCACGGACGCAAUGAGAAAAUCUCAGUCCAAGCCUAUGAGACCCAGGUGAAGUUCAUCUUUGAGUUUAUCCAGAAUGCUGACAGAGACUGGGUGCUGGUUCCUCACCAGCACGAACUGUAGGGUGGAGGAGCCAGCUGCAUUAGGGGUGCCUGAUGCUGAGUGAGGACCAACCCAAGGGGGAAGCCAAUGUUGAUGGAAGUUUUGGUCAAAACCACAUUGUAAUACAUCACCCAUCUGCCUUGCUGUCUCCUGAACUCACCCAAGAACUAGGCUGGGGAGUAGGGGGGCCAGCAUAUUUCUUCUUGCUGUACCUUCCUUUCCCUUCCUCCCCGCUUGGAUUAUCUAGCUGGCUCUUCAUCUCUCCUCUCCUGCCCCUGCAUCCCUCCCUUUAUCCUCCAAUUUAUUCUACAUCUGGAGCAGGACUUAGGCAAACUGUCAUACUACUAUAAUUACCACAACAGUUGGUCAAAUAAAGUGAUCUGUGCAGCA